AUGCAGCCGAACGCCGUUGCUGCUGUUGCUGCCGAUGCUGCUGUUGCUGUUGCAGCAGCAGCAGCAGCAGCAGCAGAAGAAGAACAGGCCAGGGGGCCCACCAGCCCCCGGGGCCCCUCCUACGUGGACAUGAGCUCUUACUUAGUCCCUGAAGAAUACACAAUCGACCCCAUCUGCAGCAGCAGCAGCAGCAGCAGCAGCAGCAGCGACAGCAGCAGCAGCAGCAGCAGCAGCAAAAAGUGGCAGGUUCUGCGAGUGGUCACGGGCCACUGGUCCCCUUGCACAGUGACUGUGCUGUGUCUGUCGGACUGCGAGCUGCCUGAGGCGGCGCUGCGUGAGCUUUGCUGCUGCAGCAACUUGCUGCUGCUGCUGCUGCAGCGCUGCAGCAUCACAGACGCUUGCUGCUGCUCCAACCUGCUGCAGCUGCAGCGGCUGCUGCUGCCGGAAAAUAAAAUCAAAACCCUCGAGGGCCUCAAGGGCCUCCCAAAAUUAGAAGAGAUCUCCCUCAUAGGAAACCCCAUUGAGACCCUAGAAGUACCCAAACCCUAA